CAAAAGGACAUGUCGCGCAAAAAGAAGGGAAUCUGAGGCCCUUUUGAGUUUUGAGCUUACAAAACGAGAAAGACUCGCUCUUCUUUAUUUUUAAUUUUUCUCUGUACUCAAUCAUCCACUCCAAAAAGUCCCCUCUCAAAAAAUCUCUUCACCACUUUGGAGCACACAUUUUCAGAUAACGUCUCAUAUUAUUAUUAUUUUCAUUUUUAUAAAAUAAAAAUCCCAAACAAAAGUCAAAAAUAGAUACCCAAAAGACAAAUAUUAACAACAUAGAUUUUUCCCCCAAAAAUAUAAAAUUAACUCCAUUAUUAUCUUCCUAUUAAUUUUAAUUUCCCCUUUUAAUUUUCCUCUUUUUUGGGAAUUUUAUCUUUCUUUUUUUUUUGGCAAUUUUUAUUUCCGAAAAUUCAGAAAUUGGGCGCCAUUGAAGCUGCACAAAAAUAGGGUCAGAUCUGAAGCGGUUGUAUCCAAAAUAACGGACAAAUUUAGUACAGAUUGAAUGGAUAGUGACGGUGGUGGCGUAGCUACUGCUGUUACUUCUGGGAGACUGACGUCCCACCACUCCACCCUUCGCGACACCUUCAUUGCAGCCGAUCUAUCUGAUGCAAUCAACCGCGAAUUUAGCCAUAAUUCUUCCAUAGUUAAUAGCACUACUAGCCCAAGAAGGGUGUCAAACGUCACGCUGGGUGCUGUACUUAAUAGUGACAGGAAAUCACCACCACCAGCUAAUAUAGUUGUCCGAACCCUCCUUGAGGUUAUUCAUAACGACGAGACCCUUACCCCUAGAAGUGCUGGAGGAUCCCCCAACGGAAAGAAGACAUGGAAGUCUUUUAAAGACCGCCUUAAGCUCAAGAGGAAUCAGAAUUUUAGUCAGAAUCAGAAUCCAAAUUCAAGGAAUUGGACAUCUUCUUUGCCGGUUCCACAGUCAGACGUGAUACCUAGCUCAAGAUCAUCAUUAGGUGAAGUGAUGGCGAAUAGAAACUCCCUUAGAAGCAGUUCGCUCAGGAGAGUUGAUACUGUUCCAGCUGAUGAUCUGACCUUGAGGGAGGUUGAUAGUGGUGGGUCUCCUAGGGGUGGCAGUAGCUUCAGGCUGUCUGCGGCUUUGGCUGCUGAGAGGGAGCAGACUCGUAGGAGGCUGUCAAGGGAGCUAGAUGAGGGUAAUCGAAGUAGGAAUGAGAAUGAUGAAAUUGAAGUGUCCCCUCGUGGAGAUGAGGAUGAGGUUGAUGAUGACGAGGAUGGAGGAGGAAUCCCUAAUCUGGGGCCUCCAGCAAACCAGCCAUUGCGAAUGUCGUUGAUGGAUUUGUUGGAGGAAACAGAUCGACAAGCUGGGAUUAGUGGGCCUACGUACAGGUUGGAUGACGAAGAAGAGGAAGAGGAAGAAGAGGAAGAGGUGGAGGUGGAAGAAGAGGUACAGGACGUGGGGAAAGGAGAGUUUUCUUGUUGUGUGUGUAUGGUGAGGCAUAAAGGUGCAGCGUUCAUUCCUUGUGGCCAUACGUUUUGCAGAUUAUGUUCAAGGGAGUUGUUUGUUCAAAGGGGGAACUGUCCACUUUGCAAUAAUUUCAUCUUGGAGAUUUUGGAUAUCUUUUAAGGGUAAUGCUUCAAUUAUUAUGAUCUUGGCCUGUAAAAACUCGACUCUUGCAUAAUGUGGGGAAACUGGUGAUGAAUAUCUGAAUAUGUCAAGAGAAUACAGUCUAACCAACUUCAGCUCAAGUUUAUCAGUCUAGGGUUGUGAAUGCCAUUCGAGAAUUAGGAAGGAUUUUUUUUUCCUUUAUUUUUAUCUCAUGGUUAAUGAUAUCUGCUUGUGUAUGUAUACUGUAUCUUAUUAGUCAAUAGUAGAUUUAUGAAACUAUAUGUGUAAGGUCCGUUGCUGGAUCAAACCUCUAUAAUAUAAUAUUAUCUUCUAUAUUUUUUAAAAUUUGAUAUGAGUCAGUGAUCUGUUUGGUGGA